AUGCCUUCACGGUCCAUAUCGUAUGUCUGGCAAGUCCUAGGCUGCCAGCACGCCCUCCAACCGACCGCCAACGAUUUUGAGCCUCCGUCUAUCCCUGCCCUGACUGUCAAGGGAUUCGUGCGCUGGAUGUGGAUCAACAUCCUCCUCGACCCCGAGGAAUAUCACUCCUACAUCCAGACAUGCCUGAAGGAAUGGGACCUCAAACACCCCGAGACGGGCGAGCCGUUUCCGAAAGAGCUUCCCCGCGAGGCCUUUCCCAAGGAGACUGACGAUGACAUCAACAAGUGGCACCAAAACUGCGCCGAGACUCUACGCCGCGAGGCAACCCCUAGAGAGGAGCCGCGACCCACCUUCCCAGAUGCCCGGGUCAAAGAAGGCUAUUCCCAUGUCCGCGGAAGCUUUGCUGCCGCAGCCGGAGCCGCGGCCGGUGCUACAGCCGGAGCCGCAGGUUUCACCACCGCCUCGGCCUUCACCUCUUCUAGACCAAGACCGUCAACUUCUCCGCGUACUCGCACCACGCACUCGCGCCCCGUGACUUUCAGCCACGUGCGAGACCCGCGGCCUCCCCCUAUUCCGUCGCCGCUGUCGCCCGAGCGGCGCGGCAGCUCGCGCCGCGGCUCGUCACCCGAGGAUGCUGCCCGCCGGCGUAGCUUCUCGGACCACGCGAAUGCAGCGCACGACCCUAAUCAUACGCACUCGCGCUCUUCGGAGCAUCUUCGGGCACCCGAUCCCCACCAUGUGCCGCCCGUAGCCCCGCGCCGACACAGCCAGCCGAGACACUGCGAAUCCCCGAGUGAUUCGGAUCAUGCCCCGAGUCCGCGCACCAGUCAUAAAAGGCGCCAUCCUGACCCAUCGCAUCAGUCAUCACCUGAUCCCACGAGCGUGCCCAUCCGGCGCACAAAUACUCAACCGCAACCCAUCAGGCCCCGUGCGCCAAGCCCCGGCCCGAACCCACCCGUGGGCGGUUCCACAUCGGCCCCGAUAACCAACGCCGACGUGGACGAACGCCGGUCCCGGCGACGCGAGGAUGAACCUCGGACGCGGUUCCACAUCCCAUUCAUCUCGUCGUUCCUGCCCGGCGGAGAUCGGCCCCGCAGCACGUCUCGGCAACAUAGCGGCGGGGCGGCGCCUUCAUCACGCCACUCGCGCGACGAUGGGCCGGGUUCGAAGUCUGGCCGAUGGUCUCGAAACGAUGACUAUGACAGUGAUCCAACCUCUUCUGACGACAGCCGGGAGCGUCGCCGGCGCCGGAGGAAGAUGUACGACAGGGACCGAGAGCGAGAGCGGGAUCGCGACCGGGACCGUGACCACGUGCGCGACCGAGAUCGCAUGCGCGAUAGUGACCGAGAUCGCGACCGGGACAGGGACGUGGAAGACGAACGAGACCGGAGAAACCGGAGGGACCGAGAGCGCGACCGGGAGCGGGAGAGGGAGCGGGACCGCGACUUUGAGCGACAUGGAGACCGGGGCAAGUACACGUAUCGGCCCGACGUCUACCGGAGGACGAGUAGCCACGCCGACAUUGACAGAUGGCGCGGCGUCGACGUGGACCAUCUCUUUCGGGAGCGCGAGAGGGACCGAGACAGCCCCCGUGACGAGCGCAGGCGGGGUGACCCACGCGGGCCCAGCCCUGUCGUCCAAGUCACAGGUGUCAGUGGGAGGAAGUACCCGACCGGUUCGGAGACGGGGUGGUCGCCUUGA